AUGCCUUCUGGGCAUGCCCUCUUAAAGAAGAUUGCAGAGAUUACUUUGCUUUUGAAUGGGAAGAUCCAGAUAACCAUCGGAAACAACAAUUACGGUGGACGGUAUUGCCCCAAGGGUUUACAUGCCCGGCUUCUAAAAUAUGAAGGCAUCCUUAUCUCCUCUCCCAAACUGGAACUCGAGGGUGUCGAGAACGGUGGGGGACCCAUUGCCGUUAAGGGAUACCCCCUCGAGGGGUUUGCCAACCUUGUGGGAACAAAGAGCCGAACCUGCUCCAUUGUAAUUGACGUUAUUAAAGUGUGUUGUCGCAAGACACUUGAAGGGGUUCAGUGCGAUUCACCUGAAAUCAAGCAACUAAAAACUGCAUUUAUUUUCCUGAAGACUACCCCUGCUGCCGAGAAGAUGAUACCCCUCGUGGCUCGAAACAACCGAGUCGACGAGCGAGGCAGAGGAGUAAAAAGCUGUGGAGAACAGAACCCAAAGAAUAGAGGGGGACUCAUUUACAUAAAGAAAGAAAUAGUCCCUAAUGACCCUGAUCUGGUGGGACCGAAUGAGGUACUAGCAGGAGAAAUAUCCCUCUCUUCGGAUAAAGGGAUACCUAAUGGAAUAGAUACUGAGACUAUUACAACAACAGCAACAAAUAUUAACACCCAGGAGCCUAGGGGCAAUUCUCUUUGGAAAUUGGUGCAAGCCAGCUAUCAAGUAUUGAAUGCUACUCAUCCAAACUUGACAGAGCACUGCUGGCUGUGCUAUAACAUUCGACCACCUUUUUAUGAGGCAAUUGGGGUAACUACUAACCCUAAACGAAUCAAUGGGUCAAACCCCUCACAAUGUCUGUGGAAAAAGGAAACCAGUCAAAGCCAGGGAAUUACAUUGGCUCAAGUAACCGGGCAGGGGAGGUGCAUUGGGAACGUGCCCCACAAUAAGAAGCACUUGUGUAAAGCCACGAUCCCCUCAAAUAGGAAACCACCAGCUGACUGGUUAUUACCAGCAAAGAAUACCAAAUGGAUCUGCUCCUCCAUUGGAGUAACUCCUUGCUUAUCGCUGAAAUUAUUCAAUGAAAACCAGGAUUAUUGUAUCCAAGUGUUAGUAGUUCCUAAAAUUAUAUAUCACCCAGAGGAAUUUGCCUAUGAAUAUCAAACAGUCCCAAAACAUCAUUUGAACAAACGAGAACCCUUCACAGCCCUAACAGUAGCCACGCUGGUAGCUUUAGGUGCAACUGGAGUCGGUACAGGGACAGCCUCCUUAAUACAACAAAAUCAAAAAUUCAAUUCCCUCAGAGCAGCUGUAGAUGAAGACCUAGAAAAAGUAGAGAAAUCUAUUAGUGCCUUAGAAGCCUCCCUGAGAUCCUUAUCAGAAGUAGCAUUACAAAACCGUCGAGGAUUGGACUUAUUGUUUGCACAGCAAGGGGGGUUGUGUGUUGCUCUAGAUGAGGAAUGCUGCGUAUACGCAGAUCACACUGGAGUAGUUAGAGACACCAUGACAAAACUACGGGAAGGAUUAGAAAAAAGAAAGAAAGAAAGAGAAGCACAGCAAAGUUGGUAUGAAUCUUGGUUCAAUUAUUCCCCAUGGAUGACUACGCUAUUGUCUACCAUCGCGGGACUCAUGAUACUAUUAAUCUUGGGAAUAACAUUUGGCCCUUGUAUAUUGAACAAAGUAAUUGAAAUUGUAAAGGGCAGACUGGAAGCUGCCCAUUUAAUGCUUAUCAGGGCUAAAUACGAGCCAUUAGAUAAGGAAUCAGCAAUGGAAGAAAUAUUAGCUUUAAGUCACGCUGAACUCCAAAGAUUUGAUGAACAAAAUGGUAAAAGAAAAAGGGGGGCGGGACAAGGAGCAAAUACACACAAGCAAGAGUGUGACUUCCUGAAGCAGUGGCACAGGAGCAGCCCGGAGGCCCUCACCCCUCGGGGCCCGCGGGACGAGUCUCGGCGGCUGCUGGUGCCACCCUCCCGGAGAGCCCUGCAGCGCCCACAGCCGCGCGAAGAGCCCUGCCAAGGCGAGUGGGUGCCAAACCUGAAUUACCAGCCCCGAGAGUGGCUGCGGAUCCCGGGAGCUCCUGUGAUUUGCGGCAGGUUUUUCAGGUCCCCGCCUGUCACACACACGCAGAUACUUAAGCGGUCACCCGAGGACCUGCGGGGUUCUUGUUUUACUUACUCCUGGUCCCUGCCAGCUCCAGCCACCCCACAGCAGGAGGCUGAACAAAGAUGA